AUGGUUCCCUUCGAGUGCGCCAAAGAAAAGGCAAAGUCGGCCGUCCUGCACCGGCACCUGAACCAUGAAUUCCUGACGCUGGUCAGAGGGGAGGGGAACUACCUCGUCAUGGAGGAUGGCCAGAAGAUUCUCGAUGCCUCGGGGGGUGCUGCCGUCGGUUGUAUCGGAUGGGGCAACAAGAGGGUCGCUGAGGCUAUCAUGGAGCAAGUGCUCAAAGCCCCUUAUUGUUCCACGAUAUUCUACACCACUAGCGUAUGCGAAGAGCUAUGCCGCAUGCUGGUCGAAUCGACCGACGGACAUAUGGCGCGCGCCUAUAUUGUGAACUCGGGAUCUGAGGCGAUGGAGGCGGCUAUGAAGCUUGCACGCCAGUUCUUCCUGGAGAAGGACCCGCCCGAGCCGCAACGGGCUCGUUAUAUCUCGCGACGCCAAUCAUACCACGGCAUCACGCUGGGAGCGUUGUCGAUGGGUGGGCAUGAAUAUCGGCGUAGAAAGUUCGAGCCUCUGUUGAUGGACAACAUCACUCGAGUGUCCCCCUGCUAUCCAUACAGGGGACAAGAUGAACGGGAAACGGACGAACAGUAUGUUUCCAGGCUGGCCCAGGAGCUCGAUGAUGAAUUCCAGAGAGUUGGGCCGGAUACAGUCUGCGCGUUCGUCGCCGAACCCGUCGUGGGCGCCGCACUGGGCUGCGUUCCUCCAGUUCCUGGGUACUUCAAAGCCGUCCAGGCCGUGUGCCAGAAGUACGGUGCCCUUCUGAUAUUUGAUGAAGUAAUGUGCGGCAUGGGCCGGACGGGAACACUCCAUGCGUGGCAGCAAGAGGGGGUGGCUCCGGACAUCCAAACCAUCGGGAAGUGUCUUGGUGGUGGAUAUCAGCCGGUUGCUGGAGUUCUUGCUAAUGGGCGGGUCAUUGAUGCGAUAUCGAAUGGUACUUCGGUAUUCGUCCACGGGCACACCUAUCAGGGGCAUCCGGCAGCUUGUGCGGCGGCCUUGGAGGUUCAGUGCAUCAUCCACGAUGAGGGACUUGUGGCGAACGUGAGGAGAAUGGGAUCUCUCCUGUCGAAGCGGCUAUCCGAGACGCUGGCAGACCAUCCUAACGUCGGGAACAUCCGGGGGCGAGGUCUCUUCUGGGGAAUCGAAUUUGUGGCCGACAAGCAAACCAGGGCACCUUUCCCGAGCGAGGCGCAUGUGGCCAUGGAAAUCAGCGAGCUGGGGCUGACCAAGAACUACUCGAUCAGCGUGUACCCCGGCACAGGCACUGCCGAGGACGGGAUUGGGGGAGAUCACAUUAUCAUUGCGCCGCCAUACAAUGUGACAGCAGAAGAUAUCGAACUGGUCGUUUGCACAGUUGGGAGGCUAUUUUCAACCAGGGCCAUGGCGGUUGGCUUCGCAGGUGGGCGCCACGCGGCUGACGAAGAGGCCCGCGCAGAGGUCGAUGUUCUCAACUCCCGCCUGGAAAAGACGACCCAAUUGACCAAAAAAAUCCAAGCCAGCUUGGGCAGGCUCGAAGCUACGGGCAAGAGUGUGCGCGAAGUUGUUGGACCCCUCAACGGAGAGACUAAGAGACUCCAGACCCUCACACACAACAUCGAUUCGGUCAUCACAGCCAUCGAGAGGCUUCGCCAGCCGGCCGACAGCAAGAAUGACGAGGAACAAAUCAUCCGCAUGGGUCCCGAUAAAGCGGGCCUCUCGAAAUACCUGGCAUCCAUCAAGCGCCUGGACAAGGCCUUGUCCGAAAUGAAGGCCUCCAACCUCCGGUCGACACAGCAGACAAUGAUAGAUCUACAGCGGCUAGUCAAGUCCGGAAACUCUCAGCUCGAGAACCACUUUGAGAGGCUACUGCGCGGAGAAACCCCACGGUCGAUCGAGCCGCUACACUUCAUCACUAAAGACAAGCCGUUUCCUGUACUAUCACAGGACCAGAUCGCACGGCUUGGUUUGGUAAACUCAUAUGUCGCAGGCAUCCACCGGCAGAGUGCUGGUGGUGCUGCAUCCCAGGAGGUCCCGGUUGCUAAGAUCUACGCCGAGAUCCGAGGCCCAUACCUGUCAGCCACUCUUGUCAAUCUCGCAGCAGCGAGCGUGAGCACUGCUAAAAAGAACCAUCUCGAUGCGAUAUACCGGCCUGGCACCAACGGAAUUGGCACAUAUGCACAGGCGAUGGAGGGCAUGUUCCUUGCCGAGUACGACAACAUCUGCAGCAUCUUCAUGAGGGAGGAUUGGGGCCCCGUCUUCCAGGCUACGUGUCAAACCUCGCUUAUGGAGCUGGGGCGUACCCUGCGAGAACUCAACAACCAUGUCAAGGGCCACAUGAAUACGGACUGCUAUCUCGCAUACGAGAUUGUAGAGAUCAUCUCUGCCCUGUCGAACAAUCUGGAGACCCGUACGGGAGAGCUGAAGGCAUCACUUGCCGCGUCCUUGAAACCCGUCCGAGAGACGGCCAAGGCUUCCCUGGCGGAGCUCUUGGACGACACCAAGCGGCGAGUGUCCGCCCUCCAAACCCUGCCGGCCGACGGUGCACCAGUACCUAUUGUGUCAGAGACAGUACAGCGGCUGCAGAGCAUGGUCAACUUCCUGCGGCCGAUAUCGAGCAUCAUGGUGUCUCUCGGCGACGGGGGUUGGAAGUCCGCCACGGCGUCAAGGGGAGGCGUGGGGGACGCGAUCCCCAGCCUUUCGUCGUUCGACAUCGGCGCGGACGGCCAAGACAUCUUCGCCCACUACUGCACCGACACCAUUGAGGCGCUCAUGGUGGCGCUGGACGCGCGGGCGCGGGUGAUCCUGCAGAAGAAGGCGGUCAUCGGAGUGUUCCUCGCCAACAGCAUCGCCAUUGUCGAGCGCAUGAUCCAGGACUCGGAGCUCGCGCCGCUGCUGGACCAGCGGCUCGGGGUGCUCGACCAGUGGCGGAAGAAGGCGACGAGCUUCUACACGGACACGUGCAAAGACGUCAGCGUGCACCUGUUCGACGUGAUCCACACGAGCCGGACGGCGCGGCCGGCGAGCGGGCAGGGGGCGGUGGACAGCGCGUCCAUCAUGAAGGGCCUCAGCUCCAAGGACAAGGAGAACAUCAAGGCCAAGUUCCAAGCCUUCAACACGUCCUUCGACGACAUGGUCGCCCGCCACAAGCAGUUCAGCAUGGAGCGCGAGGUGCGGCAGAUGUUCGCCAGGGACAUCCAGCACAUGAUCGAGCCACUCUACAACCGCUUCUGGGACCGCUACCACGAGAUCGACAAGGGCAAGGGAAAGUACGUCAAGUAUGACAAGUCGUCCAUCUCGGCCGUGUUCCUCAGCAUGUAUUAG